AUGAAUAGCAACCAAGGCAUACCCAUCAGAGUCCAAGAUUCAGUCGACACGUCCAACACCAGCGAGACUCUGACCUACCCAGAACCACCAACAUCAAAUCACAACAGCCUGCCAUCAUUUCUUGAGUAUGCCAAAAAGUCGGGGUUGAACCCAAAGUCAACAGUCUAUGUUGGUACUCACUACGAGUAUCUUGUGGCAGAAAGCCUCGCCAGCUUUGGGUUUUCAUUAUUCCGCGUUGGCGGAGCCUCGGAUUAUGGCAUCGACUUGCUAGGGACAUGGGCUGUCCCCUCUGCUCCGAACCCCAUCAAAGUGAUUGUUCAGUGCAAGGCAAUGGCCUCAAAACUCGGUCCGAGCCAUGUCAGAGAGCUCGAGGGUGCCUUCGUGGGCGCGCCCGCUGGCUGGAGGGGCUCUGGCGUAUUAGGACUGUUGGUAGGCCAGCACCCGGCAACAAAAGGUGUGCGGGACUCUCUGGGGCGCAGUAGAUGGCCCAUGGGCUACAUAUCGUACUCCGUGGCAGACGGGCAAGUCAGCCAGAUCCAAUGGAACCGACAUGCUGUCAAUCACGGCCUUGAUGGUAUGGGUGUCGCUGUCAAGUAUACAGAGGAAGGCUUGCCUAGGUUAACUUUGACAAUGAAUGGGAUGUCUUUGCCGCCUAAGCAGUCUUCCAGGACAGAGUCCAAAUGA